UUCAACUAUUACAUCUGCUGCACUCCCCACACCGCUUCACUUCGACCCGUAUAUGAUGUCUACAGUCUGCGAAAAAUGCGAAAGACCGAUCGCGCUCAACGCCACAGUCGUUCAAUGUGGAGGUUUUUGUGAAAACAGUAAUCGGUUUCACGCCGACUGUGUUGGCCUUUCGUACGACAAGGUGGAAGCUUGUAUGCAUACAAAUAUUUUGUGGAUAUGCGAUUGCUGCCGUGAUCUGCUGAAGAAUAUUAAAUUUCGGAAUGCUAUUAAAAACGCGAAUCCUGUAGAGACUCCACGAGAUGAGAUCGAACAUUUGAAAAAGGAAGUUGGUAAAAUUAAUGAUGUUUUGAUGAAACUUACAACUGGAGAUAAAAUUUCCUUUGAGAACGUGCUGCCAAAAGCCGAAAACGGAGCGAUCAAUACAUCGUUUUCAUCAAAAAUACCGCAAAACACGUCCAUCGAUUCUUCUCAGGAAUGUGCCAAUUUCAGUUUGUUCAUGACCAAUAUAGCACCUGAUGUCACAGAUGAUGAGGUAUCCCGCCUAUUGCACCGGAACCAGUGGGUAGAUCUGGUAAAUCAAGGGCGCUAUUGA